GUCGUUGCUUUUAUUCGUCUUCUUCAGUGAGAAGUCAGUCCCAUUGAAAAUUGAAUCCGGCGAAUCUUGAAACCGGAUGCUGGGUUUUUCAUUUCGAGACGGCUGAAAUUCUCGUAGUUAGGGUUUAGAGAGAUCUUUCCAGAGUCAUCAUGAUGUCGGUUUCUGAUAGAGAGCUUGAGGAAGCUGGAAGAAAGCUUCGUGAUCCACCUUCUUCUGUUCAUGAGAUUCUUUCUCUUCUCGACGUCAGCUCCUACUCACCGUUUUCUUCUUUCUUUCCUUUUCCUUUUUGUUUUCAUCUUCGUGAAAGUUGAACACCUCAUGUCAAAGAUCGAACAGUCACCUCCUUGCCCAACAAUGUGUGAACUUUAUCCAUUGAUAGGAGCAUUGGUCAGUCCUAAACUCUUCAAACAUUCGGAUGCUCAUGUCAAACUUGCAGUUGCGGCUUGCAUUUGUCAGAUUACGUUCAUAACUGCUCCAGAUCUUACCUAUGAUGAUGACCAGAUGAAAGAAGUAUUCCGGUUAAUUGUAUCAUCAUUUGAACAUCUGUCUGACAUAUAUAGUCGAUCCUACGCCAAGAGGUUAUCGAUCCUUGAAACUGUGCAUGAUGUCAAAUUAAGCAGAGUGAUGUUGAAUCUUGAAUGUGAUGCACUUCUUGUUGAGAUGUUCCAGCAUUUCCUCAACGGUAUAAGGGACCAUCAUCCUGUGAAAGUGUUUUCAUCUAUGGAGCACAUUAUGACCCUUGUUGUAGAAGAAAGUGAUGAUAUACCUCCACAGUUGCUUUCACCAAUUCUACAUUAUGUUAGAAAGGAUGAUAAGAUUCCCCAAGUAUCACGGAAGUUGGCAGAACAAGUUCUCAUUAACUGUGCUAGCAAGCUCAAAACGUAUCUGGCUGACGCAGUAAAAUCAUCGGGCAUCUCUCUAGAUAAGUAUAGUAAUAUAGUGGCUUCAAUAUGUGAAGGGGCAUUGAGUGCUUUGAAGCAGAACGGAGCUGUUGCUGAUAAAAAAGAAAAUAGUCAAGACCCAAGGGAAGUGGCAGUAAAGGAUAAACAGACAGCAAGAAAAGUUUCUACGCCUAUUUCUUCUAUGAAUGAGAACGGACAUGAGGCUGUGUCCCCGAGACGUGAAACAGAAGCUGGAGUAGGAGUACAAACUCAGGAAAUGAGAAACCGUGAGUUGGCUGAAAAAGAGGAUACUGCACAAACUGAGACUUGGACACACAAGCGACCUCGAGUCCUUAUGGAGAAGACAAGUGCAGAAGGAGAAUUCUCUUGCUGCACUCAGAAAUUCAGUGCUGAGCCCGGAGACAUGCGCAAGAAACUCCCUCAACCUUGCUCAGUCACACAACAGUUGGCUAAGGUGAAACAGAGCGUUGUAGACACUAUAACCAGUGUACGACAGUUUCGGUCCGAGCUCGAGACAAAUGAACAGAUCAUUAUAGACAGUGUACGGCAGUUUCGGUCUGAGAUCAAGAAAAAGGAAGAUAAUCUAGAAGUUUUGCUGCAGGAAAUGAACGUCUUAGGGGAGAAGAUAUCCGGAAUCAACAAAUUUAUUCACUCAUAAUCAAGUUUGAAAGUGAGACGGAAGAUCAUGGAUUGGACCGGAGACUUUUGCUACCUGUUUUUUUUUUUUUUUUUUUUUUUUUUUGUAGUAUUUUGAACUUGUUCAACAAUGGAGGGAAGUAGUUAGUUGACCAGAGAGGACUCCUUUUGUAUAGCAUUAUCUCAUUCAAGUCUAAUGACAGUUGAUUUUCUAA